AUGUUUCUCACCAAGCUCUCCCGCCAAAACCCAAACCCACUCGCCCUCAUUUCCACGCGCCACCUCUCCACUCUCCACGACCGCUACUCCUUCAAACCCCCACCCUCCCUUUCCCCCAACCCCGAUCCCGAUCCCAACCCCAACCCUAACCCUAAUUUCAAGAAGAAGCAGAAGCCCCGGUACCGCCCCCCGUCUUCUCUCGAUCGCGAGGGUCAGUUGCCGAUACACUCCGAUCUGCCGUUCGAUUUCCGGUACAGCUACACCGAGAGCAGCCCGGAGGCGCGCCCAAUUGGGCUGCGCGAGCCCAAGUACUCGCCUUUUGGGCCGGGGCGGCUGGACCGGCCUUGGAUCGGGGUCUGUGCCCCGGUUGUCGACCCGAAGGUGAGGUCCGUGGAGGGGGAAGAGGAGGAGGAGCCGCGGUUGGAGGAGGAGAGGCGGAGGAGGAGAGAAGCGGUUCAGGGAGAGCCGCUCAGUUCGGCGGAGAGGAAAAUUUUGGUGGAGAAAUGUCAGAGGGGGAAAACCAAGAAGCAAAUCAAUUUAGGGAGGGAUGGUUUGACUCACAACAUGCUGAACGAUAUUCAUAACCAUUGGAAACAUGAAGAAGCAGUGAGGAUAAAAUGUCAAGGAGUUCCGACUGUUGACAUGAGAAAUGUUUGGACCCAGCUCGAGGACAAAACCUUUGGAAAAAUCAUCUAUAGACAUGGUAGUCUGAUCAUAUUGUUCAGAGGCAGGAACUAUAAUCCUAAGAAGAGGCCUGUGAUUCCAUUGAUGUUGUGGAAGCCACAUGAGCCGAAAUAUCCCAAACUGAUCAAAACUACAGUUGAUGGGCUAAACAUUGAGGAAACAAAAGAAAUGAGGAAGAGAGGUUUAUCUGUCCCCGUUUUAACAAAACUUGCCAGGAAUGGUUACUAUGGUAAUCUGGUACCCAUGGUUAGAGAUGCUUUUCUCGCCUCUGAGCUGGUCCGGAUAGACUGCCAGGGCCUGGAGAAGAGUGAUUACAAGAAAAUAGGCUGCAAACUUCGGGAACUCGUGCCUUGUAUACUGGUGACAUUUGAUAAGGAACAGAUUGUGGUUUGGAAGGGCAAGGACUAUAAGCCUGUACAGGAUGCCUACUUCCUUCCAGAAAGAGAGUGUUUUGAUAGUCCAGAAGGUGAUGCGGUUUCUGGUGCCGAGCAUUGUGAAAGCUCAGAUGACAACAAUAGCCAAACUGAAUACUACUCUGGUGACGAUGAGUAAUCGCCUCCUGCUCCAAAUUACAGACACGACAUGGUUGUUGGUUGGAGACAUGGAAUUUAUUUUCAUCUUCAAAUUGCAAAUUUGGGCCAAUCCAUAAUCCAGAUUGUUCUGAGAAUGGUCGGUUGUUGCAUCUGUGGAUUGCGUUGGAGUGAGGUAAUAUAUUAUGGAAAUUGCUCGACAGAAUGGAGAUGUAAUGUGAUUCCUCUAUACAGCAGGUGAGAAGAGAUUGAAGUUAGAGAACAGAGCCAGGGUAAGAAUUGUAUAGAUUGUUUAGAGGGAACUCAGGAUAUCUUGGU